UAUGGAGGUUGAACCUUCUCCAGCCCAGCAGGACAACCAUCCUAUUCCCACUGAGCAGGCAGACUUUUCUCUAGUCCAGCCUGAUCUCUGUUCCCCACCUCUGCAUUCUCCUGAAAAGAUUGAAUCUCCAGUCCAGCAAGAGGCCACAAUUCAGACUCCAGAUUCUCCUAAGGAAGUAGAACCGUCUCCAUUCCUGCAAGAGUUCCCAGCUGAACCACCAUUGCCCCUUAAGGAGGUUGAACCAUCUAUAACCCAGCAGGAAGCCUCAGGUCAUCCUCCAAAGUUCAUGGAAGAGAUCAGCCCUCCACUGCAGCAGGAGAUACCAGCUCAGCCAUCAGAGCCACCUGGGAAGUUCGAACCAUCUCCUGUCCUACAGCAGGCCCCAACUCAGCUUUUAGAGCCAGCUAAAGAGGUAGGAUCCUCUCCAGUCCAGCAAGCAGUUCCUGCUCAGUCUUCAGAGCCCCCUAUGGUGAUAGAACCCUCUCUGACUCAGCAGGUGGCCCCAUCUUUGCCUCCAGAGUUCCCUGAAGAUAUGGAACCAUCUCUAACUCAGCAGGAUGUUCCAGCUCAGAUUCCAGAGCCCCCUAUGGAGGCAGAACCUUCUCCACCCCAGCAGGAGGCCAUAGUUCAGGCUCCAGAGCCCCCUACGGAGGUUGCAGCUCAAACUCCAGCUCAUUAUGAGUUGACAAUUCCAAAACCAGAUCAGGAUCAAGGUCAACAUUCAACAUCGCCUAGUGUCACAGUUCAACCUUUGGACCUGGGGCUUACCAUCACUCCAGAAUCCAUGACAGAGGUUGAACUUUCUCCAACCAUGCAGGAAACCCCAACUCAGCCCCCUAAGAAAGUUGUACACCAACUGCUAGUAUAUCAAGAGGUAACAGUUCCAACACCAGGGCAGGAUCAAGCUCAGCACCCAGUGUCACCCAGCGUUACAGCUCUACCUUUGGACCUGGGACUUACCGUACCUCCAGAACCCACUAUGGAGGUUGAACAUUCUACACCCCUGAAGAAGACCGUAGUGACUCCACAGCACCCUAAGGUGACACUUCCACAUCCAGACGAGGUUCAGACUCAGCAUUCAAACCUGACUCAAGCCACAGUUCAACCUUUGGAUCCGGGGCUUACCAUGACUCCUGAAUCCGCUGCAGAGGUUGAACCUUCCACAGCCCUGAUGGCUACAGCUCCUCCUCCAAAACAGCCUGAGGUGACACUUCCACCUUCAGACAAGGGUCAGACUCAGCAUUUAAACCUGACUCAAGUCACAGUUCAGCUGCUGGACCUGGAGGUUACCAUAACUACAGAACCUACUACAGAGGUUAAACUGUCUCCAGCCACAGAGGAGACCUCAAUUCAGCCUCCAGAUCUGUCUCAAAAAAAAAUACAAAAAUUAGCCAUCACUCCAGAACCCACUACAGAGACUGGACAUUCUGCAGCCCUUGAGAAGACUAUAGCUACUCGUCCAGACCAGGUUCAGACUCAGCAUCAAAACCUGACUGAAGUCACAGGUCCACCUACUGAUCUAGAACCUACUCAGGAUUCACUGGUGCAGUCUGAAACUUACGCCCAAAAUAGGGCUUUAACUGCACCAGAGGAACAGGCCUCCGCAAGCACCAACACGUGUGAGCUCUGUACCUGCAGAGAUGAGACGCUGUCGUGUACUGAUCUCAGCCCAAAGCAGAGGCUCCACCAGGUGCCUGUGCCAGAGCCCAACACCUACAACGGCACCUUCACUAUCUUGUAAGAAUCACCUUUCCCUCCAUUGUCCUCUGUGUCCCGCCUGACAUGGCAGCCUUUUCCUGGAGGCCUUCCUGGGCCUCCUUUAUCUCCCCAAGCCAUACUGACAGCUGACUUUCUGCUUUCACCUUUGCUUGUCCACUCUUCCUUCUCCUCAUUCUCCUUUACUGUUAGGCCCCGUCUCCAGUCUUCUGCUUGUGAUUGCGCAGCAACAUAUAUAUUAAAUGUACAAACAAAUUAUUGAGUAAGAGAAGUGAUACAGAAAAUAAUGUG